GGGCUAUAUGGGGACCUCGCAUGCCUCCGCAAAGUCCAAUGGGAGUCUGAUGCUCCGCUUUCCUCCAUGCUCGGGCUCCCGCGUUGUGUCAUUUGAGAUACUUGAGCGGCAAGGAUGGCAGCGACGCUACUGAGAUUUGCUCUUUUUUCUCUCCUCUCUGGAGCGGUGGCAGCCAUGGACUCCACGCUGGCGAACUCGGCCGCCAACCCCCUCAGGCUGUGGCAGACCACUGCAGGCGUUACGUACAACGACUCGUUCCUCAUCGGCAACGGCCGCCUCGGCUUCUCACUGCCCGGAAGCGCCCUGACGGAGGCCAUAACGCUCAAUGAGGAUUCUUUCUGGUCGGGUGGAAAGAUGGACCGCGUCAACCCAGACGCCGCCGCCAACAUGCCCCAGAUCCAGCAGCUGAUUACCCAGGGCAGAAUCGAAGAGGCCGCAACGCUUGCCGGGAUGGCGUACAAGGGCCUACCGGACUCGGUAAGACACUACGACUGGCUCGGCCGACUACAUCUUGCGAUGAAGGGACCGGCAGGACAGGCGGGGAAUUAUGAACGGUGGCUGGAUGUUGGUGAAGGCUUGGCUGGUGUUGAUUACACCCUCAAUGGUACCGCUUUCAGCCGCGAAUACUUGGCCAGCUUUCCAGACCAGAUCAUUGCCGUCCGGAUGAAGAGCAAUCAAAGCGGGUCGAUCUCUUUCACGCUGAGCCAGUCACGCGGCAGCGGUCUGAACAGAUUUCAGGACUAUACGACAAGCCUGGACGGCGACACGAUUCUCAUGGGUGGUGGGAGCAUGGGAUCUGAUGCGAUAGUCUUUUCAUCAGGGGCAAAGGUGACAGUAUCGGGAGGCUCCAUCAAGACGAUUGGUGAGACCAUUGUCGUUAGCGACGCUGAUUCGGCAGUGAUAUACUGGACUGCUUGGACCACCUACCGCAAGCCCAAGGAGCAGCUGCGCGAGUCGGUGCUGGUGGAUCUUCGCACAGCUGCUGCGAAGGGUUAUGACGCCAUUCGAUCUGAACAUGUCAAGGACUACCAGAAGUUGGCUGGCCGGGUUGAUCUCAACCUGGGAAUGUCUUCCAGCGAGCAAAAGAGCAAGUCGACGGCACAAAGGCUGCGCGGCAUGUCGCAGGCCUUUGACCCCGAGAUGGCCACGCUGUACUUUUACUUUGCCCGAUAUCUUUUAAUCGCCAGUGGGAGGCCGGGGACUUUACCAGCGAACCUACAGGGCAUUUGGAACACCGACAUUUCUCCACAAUGGGGCUCCAAGUAUACCGUUAACAUCAACCUGCAGAUGAAUUAUUGGCCGGCGUUGCUGACGAACAUGCCCGAGCUGCACCAUUCCCUGCUGGACCACCUCAAGAUAAUGCACGAAAAUGGCAAAGACGUCGCCCGCCGAAUGUACAAUGCGUCGGGUUCCGUAUGCCACCACAACACGGACCUCUGGGGCGACUGCGCGCCGCAGGACAACUACGCCGCUUCGACUUUCUGGCCGACCGGUCUGGGCUGGCUCGUAACGCAUGUCUAUGAGCACUACCUCUUUACCGGUGAUGAACAGGUACUGAGGGACUACUAUCCGGUGCUGCGGGACUCUGCUCUUUUCUUCCUCGACUUCCUCACAGAAUACCAGGGCCACCUUGUCACGAAUCCCAGCGUGUCCCCUGAGAUCCAGUACUACCUCCCCAACAGCACAACGAGGCAAGGGGUGGCCCUGACGUUGGGCCCCACGUGCGACAACUCCAUCAUCUGGGAGGUGUUUGGACUUGUAUUCCACGCGACUGAGAUCCUGGGCAACGUCGAGGGAAAGGAGUUCCAGGAUCGCCUCAUGUCAGCGCGUGCUCGCCUGCCCCCGCUUCGCAGGGACCAGUAUGGCGGCCUCGCCGAGUUCAUCCACGACUACACGGAAGACGAGCCCGGUCAUCGGCACUUUUCGCAGCUGUUCGGCCUCUUCCCUGGCAGUCAGAUCACAUCUUCUACCAGCCUGCCCUUCGAGGCGGCCAGGCGCUCGCUGGCAAGGCGGCUGGGCAACGGCGGUGGCGACACGGGCUGGUCGCGCGCUUGGUCGAUUGCGCUGGCCGCGAGGCUUUUUGAUGCGGAUGGCGUUGCCAAGUCGUACAACCACCUCUUGGUAAACUUGACAUACCCAAACUCCAUGCUUGAUAUCAACGCCCCGUCGGCAUUCCAGCUGGACGGCAACUAUGGCGGAGUGACCAUUGUCGAAGCUAUUGUUCAGAGUCAUGAGCUGGUGACGGCCGAGGGGACUGCGGCAACCCUGGGAGACGACACAAGCGCGCACCAUCUCAUAAGGCUGCUACCUGCUCUACCGCGACAGUGGGCGGCGAAUGGAGGAGGGCAUGCCAAGGGUCUAUUGACGAGGGGCGGAUUCCAGCUAGAUGUGCUCUGGGAUGACCAGGCGAGGUUGACGAAUGCGACUUUGACCAGCCUCAAUGGGAACACCGUCUGGGUUACUUUGGGAGCCACUCCGCUGGGGCAGGUCAACGGUACCUCUGCUGCCAUCGAGGUAGAUGGCCAUGGAAACGGGAUAUUUGUCAAAUUGCCGUCGGAAAAGGACAAGACGUACGUUGUCAAGAGGACUCGGGAAUAAAAAAAAGGGGACGACGAUAUGCACACAGGAAUACACAAAAGUGCAGAUGGAAGUCAAGCUUGAUUGUCUACGUUUUUCUACAGAAAGGAAAAAGUCGGAUGAUAUUCUACAGAGAGCACUUGUACUGUUUUGAGCAGUUAAUUGCACUGCUUACCGUGUGAAAUGGCAGGUUGCUCUACCGCCCAAGGCCGUGCCUCUGGCAAUAAGAACACAUUAUUGACAAGUUGUCGUGGUUUGGUCGACCGCAUGGACAAAUGCGAGUAUCACGCGGCGCCACCAAGCUGGCACGGUACGGGUUGGUGCCACCGAGGACAGGAGUGCCGGUGUACCAAGUGGGGAUGGGGUAAGGGGUAGCCCUGGACGCACCCGAGUUGGAAAGGUCAACCACGGGCCGAUAUGGUGUCGUCGAUGGAGAUUUGGGCAUUCCCGGACCGAGAGCGGGUCGGGAAGCCUCUUCCGUGCAAGCGCGGCACAUGGUCAUUGACGACAGCCUCAACUUGCCGAGGCCGCACUUGGGGCAAGUCUUGUACCUUGAGCCGAAAGCAUCCCUGUUUGAGGGCUUGGGGCUCUUGGGGCGGGCAGGGACCUCGGCGGAUCGGCGGUGGCUGCGGGUUGAAGCGUGUGAUCUGCUGGAUGGCCGGCCAUGACCAGAUUGUGAGCUGCUAGAUGGUUGACCAUGACCAGAUCGCGAGGUAGGCCUGGCUGGGGCCUCGAACAAGUUCUGGGUCGUUGAAGUGGGUGGAUGCAUGCCGGAUACGGACUCCCUGCGCCCACUUCGUGAGGCAGACCUCGUUGGAGGCUCGGCAGGAAACGCAGACAUGGAUGUGGGUGGAUACGCACCGAAAAGAGAAUCCCUACGAGCGCUCCGUGAUGCAGACCUAGCCGGAACCUCGGAAUCGUACGCAGACAUGGACGUCGGUGGAUAUGUACCGGAAACAGAUUCCCUCCGUCCGCUGCGCGAGACAGACCUAGCCGGAGGCACGUCGUCAUCAUACCCAAACAUCGGAGGCUCGUCGUCAUACGCAGGCGUGGGCGUGGGUGGAAACAGAUCCGAGGCAGCCAUCGGUGUGGGUGGAAACAGAUCGGAAAAGGACUCCCUGCGUCCGCUUUGCGAGGUAAAACUAGACGGAAGCUCCGAAUCAUAGGCAGCCAUGGACGCGGGUGGAUACAUACCCGACAAAGAUUCCCUGCGGCUGCUACGUGAGGCAGGUCUGGCUGCAGGCUUGGCUGCAGGCUCAGCGGGAUACGCCGGCAUGGACGUAGGUGGGUAGGCACUCCGCGACGACUGGGCCGACGAGCGAUGGCCGCUUCGAGAAGAAGAACGCGCUGCAGGACCCGACGAGACUGCAGGCAUGGACGUCGGUGGGUAAGCACUCCGCGACGAUCGCUGAGAGGUCUUGGAAGACGACCCAGCUUUCUUGGCGGACGAGCGUUGGCCGCUGCGAGAGGAGGAGCGGACUGGAUCCGAAGCGAGUGCAGACGAGGGCGGGGGGUAGUAAGGCUGUCCGAGGUAUGAAGUGCGACUCUGACCACUCCCAGACGAGGUGCCUGGACGUGGCGCCAGUCCAAUGGAAGCUGGAUUCGCAUACACAGGCGCAGCCGAGCCGCUCGGCUGCUCGUAGUUUGGCUGGUCAGACCCGUAAUACCCAUAGUCGUCGACAUUGAAGCCCAUGUACGGAUUGUAUGACAUGUUGAUGUUGAUGAGGUUGAGUCUUGGUGCGGUUUUGGAGGUCUGGUAGCAAAUGAUUGCCAUGUGUUGGAUUUACAAACAUACAUACUGAGUACACCGGUCUUUUUAUCUUGAUGAGUAGAGUCUCUAAAAGACAUUGGCAGCGGGAUUGCUGGAACAGUUUGCAACCCACAACGCAUCAUUUCCUGCAACAUAGUCAUUGUUCUCAACUUCGGCCCCGAAGUUCUUUGUGUUUAUUGUCGUGUUGUCGUAUUGUGCGAUUUGUCAAAGCCCCAACUGGGCAAGCGCUUGGUUGGAGUCGCCAAGACCGA